GCGAGCGGCUCCCAGAAUCAGAUGCACGCGCACAACAGAAAGAGGGGGCAGGAAGGGGGUUCAGGCCUCCAUGCACCACCCCUGCCUCCCCCUGUUUAAACUGAAGCCUGGUGAAAGAUUUGCUUGCAGCAGGCGAGGGCUUGCAUGGUGCAUUUAAGGAACGCUCCUUGCAGAGCCGCAGCCCCUGAGGAGAAGUCGGUGCUGCAGGAAAGGGAUUGGCUCCUGCUCCAGUGUUUGAGAUGUAUCCCAGGAUAAGAAUGGUUGCACUAUAUACCGUCUCAAUCACAUUGAUUGCAUUCCUUAUUUAUAUAAGGAAAGAGACUAAGUUGGCUGUCUCCCCAGCAGCCAGGAAGAUAGCUGCACCAAAUCCCAGCCAUACGUUCUGGGCUCCGGAGCAGACUGAACCCAGCAAAUGUUUGCCAGACCUGACAAUUGUCAAUUCCUCUCUUGCACUCCCAGAGCUUCACCGCACCUUCUUAAUGUACAAGCACUGCAGGAACUUUUCAACACUGCUGAAGCCCACGAGAUGCAAUGAGGAAACAUUCCUCUUGCUGGCAAUCAAGUCUCUCCCGAUCAACAUAGACCGUAGGGUUGCUAUCAGGAACACAUGGGGGAAAGAAGUGGCCAUCGGCAGCAAGCCAAUCAAACUGGUGUUCUUGCUUGGGCGCUCAGAGGCCAAAAUCCAGGCUCACUCCCUCCAUCAGCUGUUGGUUUAUGAGAGCCAGGAGUUCGAUGACAUUGUCCAGUGGGAUUUCACCGACAACUUCUUCAACUUGACGCUGAAGGAGCUGCAUUUCCUCCGGUGGUUCAUGGUGGACUGUCCCCACGCCAGGUUUGUGCUGAAGGGCGAUGAUGACGUUUUUGUCAACACCUACAAUAUUGUUGAGUUCCUCAAGGAACUGGAACCUGGGGAGGAUCUCUUUGUUGGGGAUGUGAUCAGCCAGGCCCGUCCUAUAAGAAACACCAAAGUCAAAUAUUUCAUCCCGGAGUCUAUGUACAAAGCGCCCUACUAUCCUCUCUAUGCUGGUGGCGGUGGCUAUGUGAUGUCCAGAACGACAGUGCAGCGACUCCGGAGCACUGCUGAAGACACUGAACUCUUCCCAAUAGAUGAUGUCUUUGUGGGAAUGUGUCUGGCAAAGAUGGCAGUGACUCCAUUGAACCAUGCUGGCUUUAAGACCUUUGGAAUCCAGAGGCCUUUUAAUCCUUUUGAUCCAUGUCUAUACAAAGAACUGAUGAUAGUGCACAAGCUGAACCCCACCGAGAUGUGGAUCAUGUGGACGCUGGUAAAGGAUGACCAUAUUAGGUGUGCUGUAUCAUUAACUCAGUAACUCACAAAAUGAGACUGCUGAUGCUAAGUGCAGGGAACAGAAUGAUGGUGGUGGUUACUCCAGAUUGCUUAAACUGACAUUAAAAACAGAAACAAAAGAAAGUCAUAGUAGAUGAUACAUUUUUAUUAACAGACUGUAGUUUACAGUAAGGUAAUGUUCUGCAAUGAGCCUCUGAAAAUAUAUUGUUGGGUUACUGAAGCAUCAUGAGGUUGAACUGAAAACACAUAGGGGGGAUA